UCCAAUGUCCCCAGCAACGGAGCACGCAUGUUCACCUGUAAAGCGGAAGGAUGUGGCAAGGUAUUCAAAAGAUCCGAGCAUUUAAAACGACACAUUCGAUCCAUCCACACCUUGGAAAAACCCUUUGAGUGCCCUUAUCAAAGUUGCAAUAAGCGAUUUUCACGAUCGGACAAUUUGAAUCAACAUAUUCGCAUUCAC